AUGCUGUGGAUAAAUGGCGGGUUUGCCAAAAUGAUGAGUUUCCUUCGCAUAAUGAACUCAAGCAACUACAGCAAGCUGUGUCACAAGAAAAGCCAUCUGGCUAUUCAGGAUAUCAGCAGAGAGGAAGUUCAAGAGGACCAGGCUGAGCAAGUCCUGAGGAUCUGUGUCUUCCACACAAGUGAAGAAGAUGAAGGUGCAUCCGACACUGAUGUGUCCAUUGUUAUUGAAGGGACUGAGGAACCACUGGGGCUCUCUACAAGAGAUACGAAGAGACAGUUCCCCCACUCAGUGUCUCGCAACCCACUCAGUUCCCUCUUACAUCGCGCCAUCCAUCCAUUCAUCGAUCCGCCAACCGACCUUCAUUCCUCCUACCUUCAUUCCUCCGACCUCAUCCAUCCCUCAUUCCUCCGACCUCAUCCAUCCCUCAUUCCUCCGACCUCAUCCAUCCCUCAUUCCUCCGACCUCAUCCAUCCCUCAUUCCUCCGACCUCAUCCAUCCCUCAUUCCUCCGACCUCAUCCAUCCCUCAUUCCUCUGACCUCAUCCAUCCAUCCCUCAUUCCUCUGACCUCAUCCAUCCCUCAUUCCUCCGACCUCAUCCAUCCCUCAUCCCUCAAACCUACAUCCAUCCCUCAUCCCCCUACCUUCAUCCCUCGAACCUACCUUCAUCCCUCAUCCCUCGAACCUACCUUCAUCCCUCAUCCCUCUAACCAUCCCUCGAACCUACCUUCAUCCCUCGAACCUACCUUCAUCCCUCAUCCCUCGAACCUACCUUCAUCCCUCGAAUCACCCCUCAUCCCUCAGUAUACCACAUUGGUUCACAUUUGUUCAUUAUGUGCAAUAAACGUUUCUUAUUUCAUACAUGUGAUGGCGUGGUCAUUGUUAGUGAAACUGCUGUUUGGCAGGACACCACAGGGGGUUCUGGACGUGGUUAAUGAAAGCUGGGAGGAAGGUCAGAGCCCAAGUAUAAAAGAAGUUCAGUAUGUCCUGGACCUGAGAGCAAAACUCCACACAUUGGGACAGUUGUCACAGGAGAAUCUGCUCAGGGCCCAGGAGCGUCAACAACGCCUGUACAGAGGAACUAGACUUAGACGAUUUGCACCGAGAGAUAAAGUACUUGUAUUACUCCCAUCUUCCAGCUCUAAAUUACUCGCCAAGCGGCAAAGGCCCUUUGUGGUCACACGGCGAGUGGGUGAUGUCGAUUAUGAGGUUGUGCGUUCUGACAGGAGAGAAGCAACUCAGAUUUACCACCUUAAUCUCCUUAAAGUGUGGAGAGAGGCGGAGAAUGUUUCUAUGGUGACCACGGUGAAAGAGAGAGAUGACUUGGGGCCUGAGGUACCAAAGUCCACCAAUCCUGCCUUGCUCCAUUGUGAUGACCAUCUCACCCUGUCCCAGAGAGCAGACAUUGCCGUGUUGCAACAGCGUUUUGCUGAUGUGUUCUCCCCCCUGCCAAGACGCACAAGUCUCAUACAGCAUCACGUUGAGACUCACCCAGGCGUGACGAUGCGUUCACAGCCCUAUCGGUUACCUGAACACAAAAGAAAAGUGGCUCAGAAGGAACUGAAAGCCAUGUUGGAGAUGGGAGUAGUAGAAGAGUCCAACAGUGCCUGGUGUCGCCCCAUUGCUCUGGUGCUUAAGAAGGAUGGGGCUAUUGUGUCCACCAUCAUGGACACUAAAAUACUAAUCUUGAUCUCAUGA